GUGUCGGUCUGUUCGGAAGAGAAGUUGUGUGAGCGCGAGCCCCAGCACUGCUCAGAAAAGACAGAUAGAGAGUCAGGCGGCGGCAAAGGGUGGCAGUGCGACCCUCUUUUUGAGGGGGGGUCUGAUUAUAACAAAAUAUAACACACCAUAUAUGCAUGCCCAGGCCGGUCAUAUGCCGAUCAUAGGGAUUUUAGUAAACAUCUAGAUCUAUAUCUAUACAUUUCAAAAUGCCUAUUUUACUUUUCCUGAUAGACACGUCCGCUUCUAUGAAUCAGCGCACAUAUUUGGGUACGACGUAUCUGGACAUUGCUAAAGGCGCGGUUGAGAUCUUUAUGAAGCUGCGUGCCCGAGACCCGGCUAGUAGAGGCGACAGGUACAUGCUAGUUACAUUUGACGAUCCGCCAUACGGAGUAAAGGCGGGCUGGAAAGAGAACCAUGCCACCUUUAUGAGUGAACUAAAGAAUCUGCAGGCAUGUGGACUGACCACUCUUGGUAAUGCUCUCCGAACUGCAUUCGACCUGCUCAAUCUCAACAGACUGGUGUCUGGCAUCGACAACUAUGGCCAGGGUCGGAAUCCCUUUUUCCUGGAGCCGUCAGUCAUCAUUACCAUAACGGACGGGAACAAGCUGACACACAGCUCUGGAGUGCCAGAUGAGCUUCACCUGCCUCUGAACUCCCCGCUACCUGGGAGUGAGCUAACCAAGGAGCCGUUCCGCUGGGACCAGCGUCUCUUUGCCCUGGUGCUGCGCAUGCCCGGUGCAGCCGUCCCCGACACCGAGCAGCUUGGCAGUGUGCCCAGUGAUGAAUCAGCCAUCACCCAGAUGUGCGAAGUUACCGGAGGUCGGUCAUAUUGUGUUAGGACACAGAGGAUGUUGAACCAGUGUCUGGAGUCUCUGGUGCAGAAGGUUCUGAGUGGAGUUGUUAUUAAUUUUGAGAAGACGGGCCCAGAUCCACCUCCCAUAGGUGAAGAUGGUCUGGUGGAUCCAGUACGACCUCUGUCAUCCUUCAGCUCCCAACCAUGGCACAGCUGCCACAAGCUCAUAUAUGUUCGACCGAACCCCAAAACUGGUGUCCCUGUGGGCCACUGGCCGAUUCCAGAGUCCUUCUGGCCUGACCAGAACUCUCCCACCCUGCCUCCUCGAUCUGCCCAUCCAGUUGUGCGUUUCUCUUGCGUCGACUGUGAGCCUAUGGUGAUUGACAAGCUGCCCUUCGAUAAGUACGAGCUGGAGCCAUCACCUCUCACCCAGUACAUUCUGGAGAGGAAGUCCCCUCACAUGUGCUGGCAGGUGUUUGUGAGCUGCAGUGGUAAGCACAGUGAUGUAGUGCAGCCCUUCGGCUACCUGAAAGCCAGCACCACUCUCACCUGUGUGAAUCUUUUCGUCAUGCCUUACAACUACCCCGUACUGUUGCCACUCCUCGAUGACUUGUUUAAAGUGCACAAACUCAAGCCAAACCUCAAGUGGAGACAGGCCUUUGAGGUGUACUUGAAAUCUAUGCCUCCUUACUUUCUGCUGCCCUUAAAGAAGGCACUUAGGAUGAUGGGAGCUCCGAAUCUCAUCUCUGACAACAUGGACUGUGGCCUCAGCUACAGUGUCAUUUCCUACCUAAAAAAACUCAGCCAGCAGGCAAAGAUUGAGUCAGACCGGAUGAUUGUUUCGGUGGGUAAAAAACCCCCUCAGGAGACUGGCAUCAAGGUGAAGAAUCACUCAAGUACGCUGUCCCUUGCCCACCGGCGUGACUUCAAACAGCUACUGCAGGGCAUCACAGGCGAGGUGCCCCUCCGCCUUAACGACAUCAACCUCAAAGAAUUCGCUGGAUUUCAAAUCGCUCUUCUCAACAAGGAUGUAAAGCCACAGGCCUAUCGUAAUGCCUAUGAUAUUCCACGGCGGAAUCUUCUGGAUCAGGUCACACGAAUGCGCUCUAACCUUUUAAGGACUACUCAGAAGCUAAUCAGGAGCCAAGAUGAAGACUAUUUGCAUAGUAUUCCGGUGGGUCAGAUGGGAAACUAUCAGGAAUACCUGAAGAUGAUGCCAUCCCCCCUUCGAGAGAUUGACCCUGAUCAGCCCAAACGCCUACACACUUUCGGCAACCCGUUUAAACAAGAUAAGAAGGGAAUGAUGAUUGACGAAGCAGAUGAGUUUGUCGCAGGCCCCCAGAACAAGAAAAGGGGAAACCCAACUGAGCCCAACUCAGGUGCAGCUCCAAAGAGGCGGCGGAGCAUGUCCCCUCUACUGCGCCGGCCCCAAACCCCACCUAUCAUUAGCAACCAUGUGCUGGGCAAAGGGACCACAGCAGUCCCAGGCCAACAUGGUCUCAUUAAACCCAUCCCACUGCACAAAGGAGUGGAAGGGAACAGUACGGUGGGUGCAGAGAGCAACGGUGAGAGAGUGAUGAGUGGGGAGUCUGGAGACAGCUGGUCUGGAGGAGUGGAAGGGGUUGGAGGAGGAACUGUAGCUCUCUCUCUGGAGGAGAAAGGAGGAAUGAAAGUCACUGAUGGAGGAGAAGAAAGGGCACUGCUGGAGAACAGGCUAGGAGAAGAGUGUAUGGAGGAAAGGCCACCUGAACGGCCACAGAACUGUGAUAAUCCAAGUCCUCCAGACCGCGACAGAGACAUGGAGGAAGCUGGAGGAGACACCUCUACACGACCCACCAUUGUUAUGGUUCCUUUGGAGGGAAGCAAUGCCGAAUUACGCACUCGAGUCAUUAAAGAGGUCCGAAAACCUGGCCGCAAUUAUGAGGCAAUAUUCAGGCUGCUAGAGGAGGUAAAAGGACCAGUAUCAGUGCAGAGGUACUUCAUCCAUCAUGCCAUCAAAGAAGCAGCCAGAUUUAAGAAGCGUGUACUGAUCCAGCAGCUGGAAUCUGCUCUUGAGGAAAUUGAAGAGAGGCAAAUGCUGCCUGCACAAGUUAACAACGUACACGGCAGAUAGUGAAACGUCCUUGUUUGGCAGCGAAAGAAAAACGUGUACACAAGUGGAGAUGGCGGCGCGGGCUACAUAAGCAUGCCUGUUAAAGGCCAACACUGUACUUCAGAAUCAGAGAAAGACCCAGAACGAGAGAAAUGAAGAAGCAGAACUUCAUUCUAUUGAUGACACUCUGAGUCACUGGAGUCGUGAUGCAUUAGAAAGCGCUUAUAUGGAAAAGUUAUAGAUUUGACAAUAUAAGUUUUGAGUGGACCCCCUGGCCAUUUUAGCACAUCAGACAGUCCAUGAACACACCCUCCAGCAAAAGCAGGUUUAGCCCUGAGAGAUGAUGAGAGACAUCAUGUAAAGCAAUUGUGUAUGUCUGUAGAUGUCUGUCCGCUGUCAUAGACAUCAGUUUAACAUGAUGGGUAUGCUUUUGCACAAAAUAUCUGUAGCUCAUAAGGUUCAAUAGUAGUCCAGGGACUCCAACCAGCCUGGCCACCAUCCAGUAUUGUAGACCAAUGUGGAGCAAUAAUCCUGUUAUCAGUAAAACAGGCUCAGUUUUCCUACACCCACUCUUGAGAAUAAUGCAGUCUUAACAAUUCUUGAUACCUGACGCCCCAUGAGAUCAUCCUGAGCAGGAAAUGGGAGGUCGGUUUGUCUCUGUGUUUGUGGUAAUAAGCAAUGCUAAGCAACAUAAAAGGACCAGUCAAUUUGAUGUAUUGAAAACCUUCAGUAGACUUUGUGCAAAUUAACUAGAAACAUGCAACACAUCUUUUAAGCAAUAGAUUCCAAUGAACGCCGGGCCAGCUGGCACCACAAUGUCACUUUUAUUCA